CCUCCCCGUAAUGUUAGGAGAUCAUGGGACUGUUAUCAGUAUUAUUAUAUUAAUUUGUGAAAGGAAAAUGUUGUUUUAAUGAUUUUAUUUUUUUUUAUGUAUUAAAAAUAUAAAACUCAACCGGAGAGGCUUAAAUGGCUUCAUUGAGAAGACUGUACCACUUUUCCAGAAUUCACAAAGUUUGUUAUGGUCUGAUACUUGAACUUAAUCAGCCAGCUACAUGGUCAGUCCAUAGAACAUUUCAUACUUCUGGUAUCUGGCUCAAGAAGAGAAAAGAGGACCAAUCUGACAAACCGAAAUACCCAGGAUUACAACCUUCCAAAUUUAAACAAAAGGAGGUUGUCGAGGUAUGGAAGAAUAUGACUAUGAAUGAACUUGCUUCAGCACUUAAAAAGGAUGUUAAUUAUAUUUUGGACAUAAUGGAAUUUGUUGACAACUCUGUUGACUACAGAAAGGGUCAUCAUGUUAUUGAUAACUGGAAAGUGAUCGAAGAAGUUAUUAAAAAGGCUGGUAAGAGAUUUAAAAUUAUUAACAAACCUGAAAUCAAAGAAGAAGAAGAAAUAAAAGAUUUAACUCGUAGAGAUCCAUCAGAAUACCAAGACCCACGGCCUCGACCUGCAGUUGUGACAAUUAUGGGACAUGUUGACCACGGUAAAACUACUUUAUUAGACACUUUGAGAAAUUCUUCUGUUGUGGAAUCUGAAUUUGGUGGGAUUACUCAACAUAUAGGUGCUUUUUCUGUUACUGUUAAUAAUAGGGACAGAAUUACAUUCCUUGAUACUCCUGGUCAUGCUGCCUUUUGUUCAAUGCGAAACAGGGGUGCACAAUGCACUGACAUAGUAGUAUUAGUUGUUGCAGCUGAUGAUGGUGUAAUGGAGCAAACCAUUGAAUCUAUUAACAUGGCCAAACAAGCUAAUGUUCCUAUCAUUGUUGCUAUAAAUAAAAUUGAUAAACCAAUUGCCGAUAUUGAUCGAACGAAAAAAAUGCUUUUACAGCACGGACUUCAAAUUGAAGAUUAUGGUGGCGAUAUUCAGGCUGUUGCAAUUUCAGCUCUAAAAGGGACCAAUAUAGAAAUGUUAAUGGAAGCUAUUUCAUUACAAGCAGAAAUUAUGGACCUGAAAUCUGAUUAUAGUGGGCCUGUAGAAGGAGUUGUCAUAGAAAGCACUUCGGACCCCUACCGUGGGAAACUGAGUACUCUAUUAGUUCAGUGUGGCACAUUAAACAAAGGUGCAAUUUUGGUUGCUGGUACAUCAUGGUGCAGAGUGAGGGUUAUGUUCAAUGAUAAUGGUGAAACCAUACAAAAAGCCAGCCCUUCCACUCCUGUUCAGGUUUUAGGGUGGAAAGAAUUACCAUCAGCUGGUGAUGUAACUAUUCAAGUACCAUCUGAAAAAAAAGCAGCCGAAAUCGUUGAUUGGAGAAAGAAGCAAGAACUUUAUGAAAAAAUGAAAGAAGAUCAGGUAGUGAUAGAUAAAAAAAUGGAAGAACAUAAUGAACAGUAUCGAAAGCAACUUGAAGAAAAAAGGAAAUUAGGUUAUUUCAAAUUGAGAAGGAAAGGUCCUAGAGAAAAAGAAUAUAUUGAUACUGACACAGGGCCGAAGCUUUGUGUAGUUAUCAAAGGUGAUGUUGAUGGCUCAGUUGAAGCCAUUUUAGAUGUUCUUGAAACCUAUGAAAAUCCCAAAUGUAAAUUGGAUGUUGUUCACUAUGGAGUUGGCCCUGUUACAAAGAAUGAUGUUAUAUUAGCCAAAACAUUUAAUGGGAUUGUAUACGCAUUUAAUACUGGUAUUUUACCAGAUACCAAAGAAGAGAUUAAAUCACAACCAGUCGUAAUAAAAAAUUUCAAUGUGAUAUAUAAGCUGAUAGAUGAUCUCAAGUCUGAAAUGGGAAAACUUCUUCCUAUGCUAGAUGAAGAAGAAGAAGUUGGUAUGGCUAAUGUUUUACAAGAAUUUCUUAUUAAUGAAGGAAAACAUAAAGUUCCUGUUGCUGGAUCUAGAUGUAUAAAAGGCAAAUUGUCUAAAUCUGCACUUUUUAAACUGGUCAGAAAUGAUGAGAUUUUAUUCCGAGGAUCAGUAACUUCAUUGAAACAUUUUAAAGAUGAGGUGGAGUCCAUUAAAAAGGAUAUGGAAUGUGGUAUUAGGCUUUCUGACCAGUCUAUUAAUGUUCAACCUGGUGAUACUAUUAUCUGCUACAAAAUAAAGAAGGUGCCUCAAACAAUUGACUGGGAUCCAGGAUUUUAACUGUUUUUUUAUUAGUAUUUUGUACUUGUAAUGUAAAGAAACUCUAGUUAUGAAUAAACUAUUGUUGUUGUUAUGUUUUUUUAAAAAUUAUUUUAUUUAUUUUUCCCUAGUGAAAUUAGAC